CAGCGCGGACUGUACCCGUGGGCAGCUGAGGGCACAUGUAAGUGAUAUCGGUCCCAGUUGAUAGAGGGAACAGAAAGUCCAGAGCUCUCCUCCAUUUGCUUGUCACCUCUCCAGACCUGAGACUGCUCCUGGGGCUACCUGAAGUCAUGAAGCCUUGUUUGCUGACUCUGGCUGUGCUGUUGCUCUUGUCCAAGGGCAUGCCAGGCAGCACUGAAAAAUGCUGGAAUCUGCAUGGCUCCUGCCGUGACAAAUGCGUCAAGAAAGAAAAGGUCUAUGUUUUCUGCACGAGUGGUAAACUGUGCUGCGUGAAGCUCAAGUUCCAGCCAGAUUUGUCACCGAAAAAUAAAGACAAUCCCAAAAAGCACCAAGAGCAACAAAAGAUCCCAAAUAUCUAG